UAUCCCUAAUUGAAAAUGCUUGUAGACAUCCUCAUAAUCAUUUCACAACAUCAAAAGCACGUCGUUUCAACAUUAGUUCCUAUUUUUUCAAGUGAUUCCUCAAGUUUUAUAGCUAAAAAAUACUACCUUAAUUAAAAAAUAAGGUAAAUACGAAACGUUACAUAACAUUUAAGGCACCGUAUUUUUUUAGUAAAUGUCUCCAAUGUUUCGCUUGUUUCUUUUGUGUUGCAAUUUAUUGUCAACAUUUUAUCCGAUAAAUGGACAACUCGAUCCAGGGACACGACUUCAAAUAGACGAACUCAUUGAAAAUGUGUACAUGGCUGAGAAUAAUUCCCCAGCGCUGGGGCUGGGAGUGGUGAAAGAUGGGCAAGUUUACUACAAUACGGGUUACGGGCUACGGGAUAUUUCCAACGGAAUAGAUGCGAAUAACGACACUUUGUUCUUCAUUGGGUCCAACUCUAAGAGUUUCACUGCCAUACUAGUGAUAAAAGUACUACAUGAACAUUUCCCGGAAUUGCAUGAAUCGGUGCUGGAUACUCCCAUCGCUCGGUUACUUCCAGCUUACAAUUUUACACUGAUUGACAGAUAUCGAUCCGAGAGAACAACUUUUCGGGAUAUUUUGUCACAUCGCACAGGAACCCUGCCUGAAGGAGUAGGGACAUUUUUCGGGGCCAUCAACGAAGCUUCAGAACUAAUUUACAGACAAAGAUAUGCGCCGGUAUGGUUCCAUUUCGUACAAAUUUUGUGUAUGACAACGGAUAUUUUUCCAUGGCUGGAGAGCUGGCUGCAGUUGGACAAUUUAUUUGCUCAACUUGAUAUGCAGACGACGACCUACAUCAAAGUAUCGGAUGACCACGACAACAUGCCAAAUAGGGCUCUGGGCUAUUUCCUAUUAGACGGACAAUUGGAAAAGUACAAUUCCGAACUGUACAAACGCACAGUUCCAAUGAAUGCGGCAGGGGGAAUUCUGAGCAGUAUGAAUGAUAUGGCAAAGUACAUGCAAUUUAUUCUGAAUAAUGGCCGUGUCGGAGAUGUACAAGUAGUCCCAGAGGAGGUUAUGAAGUGGUUGCAAACACUGUCCAAUCCUCUCCCCUCGAGUGGGAAGUUAACAGUGGUAAAUGAUAAGAUGGCAACUGAGCUGGGUUACAGCCUGGGAUUAUUCAUGGGUGUCUAUGAUGGUUGGCUGACAGUGUACCAUGGAGGUUAUCUCACGCCUUUCAACAGUCAGAUGUCAACAUUUCCAGAGCUCAAUUUAGGCAUUUUCACCGUAACGAGCGGCCCUGGUCGGUUGUUACCUAAUGUCAGCCAUGCCACCCUUCACUAUGAUGUGUUCGACAUCAUUCAAGGUCAAAGACAAUUAAAAGUGUCGCCACAACCACAACAGACGAAUAGAGCUGGCUCAUGCAUCAUUCCUUUUGACAAUUGGAGCAACGUCUACGUCAGAAAAGCCACGACAAUAGAGAGAAAGGACUUUGCCACAGAUGCUGGAUUGCUGCAGGAUGAAGAAAUAGUGGGGCAUUACGGAAAUGGGCAAUCAGGAGAGUUUGACGUAAUUCAAAAACUAAACGGGAGUGGCGAUUUUCAAUUGUACCUGAGCUACGGACAAUGGGGUCAAGCUUGGUUGAGUCUCUUGCCUGGAGAAGAAAGUUAUAACUAUUUGCUCGUGUGGGACUCUGACAUUGUACAAGAGUUUUAUGCAACUGACCCAUCUUCGGAAAUAAUUGCUGUUUACGAUCGGGUUGUUCGCAGCAUUACGUUUCUAGAAAACGGAUAUCCAACCGGAACGUAUUUGAGGGAUCAAUACUUGGAUGAUCUCCCAACGACUCCAUGGGAAGCUGGCUCUUGUGGACAGCAAACUAUAUGAAAGAUCAGUAGGGCUACAAAGGUGAAAUGUUAGGAAUAUAAUUGCCUGCCUAAGAAAUAAAAAGAGGUGAAAAUACCA